CAAAGCCUCCAAACUCUUCCUCCCAUCGCCUUCUUCCCGCAAAAUCUUCCCUCUAAAAUCCUCAAAACCCUCUUCAUGAUACAGAACAAAAAGCUCAAAAUCCCAAAUAAAUGCAUCACUUCACUUCUUAAUUCUAAUCUGAUCUGAUUCUCUUUUCUCUGCCGUGCUCUGCUCUUGACACCCACAAUGGAGAAAUUCGCACAUUCACGCCGCCGGAACAACCCCUCCUUCUCCUCUUCCCUCCUCGACUCCAUCUACCGCUCAAUUGAUCAGUCCGAUCGCCUCUCUCCUGGCUUCCCCCUUUCCUCCACCUCAAAAACGGAGACUACCUCAAUUGACAAAAAAUGGAUCCCAAAACCACCACCUCCGACGAACCACCCCCGUCACUUUUUUACCUCAAGCUCCUCCGACUGCUCCAGCUUCGGUGGCUUCUCCUCCUCCGACGCCGACUUUACCGCUCCCCCUCGCCUUCGCCCUGUUCCCGCUCGAUGCGAUCGUUACUGCUCAGAUUCACCGCCAGAAAGAAAAAGGACCGGCUCGAUCCGUAGCAGGAUUUGCAAUCUGCAAACCCCGGCUUCACCGGGAGCCCGCCUUGCCGCUUUUCUUAACUCAAUAUUCGCCAGCGGUAGUGGAAAACCUAAGAAGCAGAAGUUCGCGGGAGGACAAGAAGAAUCGGCGAGAUCGUACAUCAACAGAAUGCUGCCGUCCUCGAGGGACGGAAGGCAGAGAUCGGUUCGGUUCUCAUCUGCUAGCAUCGCCGCCGAUGGGGACAGUCGCGAAAAGCGACAUUUCGGCGAGGUUCCGAUGUUGGUGAGAGAUAGGCAGAUGGUGCUGGAGGAGUUUCUGAGAGGAUUCGACAUGGAAGAAGAGGAGGAGACUGAUUGCGAUAGCGUUUCAAGCUCCGAGCUGUUCGAGCUUGAGAGUCUCGCCACCAUGAGACAGUUCACGGACGAGCUUCCAGUGUACGGAACCACCAAUUUCAGCGCUAAUCGCGCUGUCGCGCAUGGAUUUAUGGCGCAAAAUUAGGGCUUCUUUCGGCAAACUCCUUUAAACGCGACCUUUGCGGAAUCGGAGCUAAAAAUUUGCGAUUCAAAAUUCUGAAAUAAUGCUGUUUCUGCCAACAAAUUUCAACAAACGCUCCAGGGUGUUUGUUCGGGAUAGUCACAGUCGUCUGUCGCUGAUGUACAUGAUGUUGUGUGAUUGUAAUUUACAUACAUAAUACCCAAU